GUUGCAGCGAACGCUAUUUAAGCAGCUGCAUAUUGGCAAUUAACUUCAUUAACAAAGAGUUGUAAACAUGGUGCACGUCACGGAAGAUGUUUUCGCUACUGCAGCAGUGGAUCCCUUUACUAAGCAGACGGGUCCGAUUCGGCGCUUUACGCUCUCCAAUGAUGAGCAAAUGUCAGUGCAGAUUUUAACGCUGGGAGCAACGAUCAGUAGCAUUAAAGUGCCCGAUGCUCAAGGUCAAGUGGAGGACGUGACUCUCGGCUUUGAUGAUCUGGCGGGCUAUCAAGAAGAGAAUAAUCCAUAUAUGGGUGCGACAAUUGGACGCGUUUGCAAUCGCAUAGCCAACGGCAGGUUCCAACUGGAUGGCCAAGCAAUUGAGGUGUCCCGCAAUAGAGGAACAUUUCAGCUGCAUGGCGGAUUUAUAGGAUUCGAUAAGGCACAUUGGAAAGUGUUGGAGGUGCUACCCAAUGGAGUCAGCAUGACCCACACCAAUCCCGAUGGCCACGAAGGCUAUCCAGGCGAAGUCCAGGCUACAGUUACCUUCACUUUAACUGAAGACAAUUGCCUGCAUGUGCGAAUGGAUGCGCUGACCAGCAAAGCGACGCCUGUGAAUCUCACAAAUCAUUCCUACUUUAAUCUAGCCGGCCAUAAGGCAGGUCGGAAGGGACUCUACGAACAUAACAUAUCUAUCAAUGCCUAUGGCAUAACGGAAACCGACAACGAAUCUAUACCAACAGGCAAAAUAUUGCCUGUGGAUGGUGGGAAAUUCGAUUUACGCUUAAUUAGCAAUCUGGGGGAACGCCUUGAGCAGCUGCAGCCGGCCCUGGGUUAUGAUGACAACUUUUGCGUGCAAUUUGAGCCGCCGCAGAGCUUUGCCAAUGUAGCUAGAGUAUCGCACCCUCCAAGCGGUCGCUGGCUAGAAAUUGCCAGCAAUCAACCGGGCGUGCAGUUCUAUACAUCCAACUUUUUACCAGAUACAGCAAAGGGAGAACGUGCGCUGGCUGGGAAAGCAGGCGCAGCGUAUGUCAAGCAUGGAGCUUUUUGUCUCGAAACGCAAAAGUUUCCGGAUUCUGUGAAUCAUAUAAACUUUCCCUCUACCAUAUUGCGACCGGAAGAGAAAUACCAUCAUGAAGUCAUCUACAAGUUCGGCAGGCAACGUUAAGCCAAUAAUAAUAUAUAU